CAGUUUGAAAUCAUACUUCAUAAGUUCGACCUUUGAAUACUUCUGACUUCACCCAAAAUCCCCGAAUUAAUUUUUUCAAUGUACGAAUUUCGUGAAGAUACAGAAAAUAAGGAACUAUUAUUUAUUUAGUUUCAAAAUGAACGAUUAUGUGGAUAAGUUGAAGGAAGAUUUCGAUAUACAAGAGAAUUUGACACCUUUGAUUUUCACUAGAUUUAGUAAAACACCCUAUCCAAAUAAAAACAAGGAAGCUGCUUUUGGAGAAAAACUGUGUAUUCUAUACCGUAUUGAAUUUAUGGUUUAUCACAUUAGAUAUUCUCUGAAAAUUCUGGCUUUUGCCUAUGAAAAAUCUCAUGAGAUCUUAAAGCUUGAUACUAGAUUGCCUGAUGAUGUCCAUUUGGAGAAGGAACUUGCAACAUUCAGAAAUUUUCUCAGAAGAUAUCGAAACCUGAAUGCCACAUUUCGAUUACUCAUUCGUUUUUCUGAGUUAUUUGAGAGUAGAAGGCUGAUAACAGAUACAGUCUUGACCAAACAGGAUAAAGUAACUUUGAAAACUAACGACGAAGGUUGUUUAUCCAUAGUUUACUCGAGUGUUGAGAAUGGGAUCCUCAUAAGGUUUUCAUGGAAAAUCGAGUGGAACAUUAAAGAACGUCAAUUUAUGGAUGUGAUUGACGUUGCUUAUAAUAAUUUUAUUUUAGGCCUACCAAAUGCCAGGUACAUUGAAAAAGAGAUGACUGUGUUGACACACCAUUCGCUGGAUUUUGGUAUUAAGUUGAAGAUUUGGCGACUUCUUAUGAUCGAUUUGAGGAAUGCAGAAGAGUGGUUAGAACAGAAAAGAACUAGGCGUAAAAAGUCUUUGAAUACCAACGGAGAAUCUGUUUUGGUAAUAUCAGACAGUGAAGAUGAAAUCGAAAUGAUCCCCACAAAUGAAAUAAGAGGCCAGAAGCAGCAACCUCGAACAAGAGAAUCUCCUGUUAUAUACUUAUCAGACUGAAAUAAAGAUAUAAUUUUAUUUAUUAUAGAAUUAAAAAAUGGUUUUAUAUGGUU